AUUUGCUCGUUAUAGCCUUCAUUAUGUCUAGAGACCUCUCUGCUCAAUCCGAUAUCACCAAAGGCAAAUAUUAUGACAAGGAUGGUUCCUUCAAACGUGCCCCGUCGUCGUUCAGGGACUUCAUUGAGCCGGGUGGUAAAUUCGAAGCUGCAAGAGAUCGAUACCAUCUUUAUGUCUCCUAUGCAUGUCCUUGGGCCACCCGUGCCCUGAUCGUUAGGAAGCUCAAGGGGUUGGAGGACAUUAUUCCUGUUACUGUCGUCUCCCCUCGUAUGGGCCCCGAUGGAUGGCCAUUCGCCUCUGCCGAUGAUUUCCCUGCUGCUGAAGUCGACCCAUUGUACGGUGCACAACACGUCAAGGAUCUCUACCUGAGAUGCGCACCCGAAUAUAAUGGAAGAUUCACAGUGCCAGUUCUUUGGGAUAAACAAAACGAAACGAUUGUGAACAACGAGUCAUCCGAAAUCAUAAGAAUCUUCAAUACUGCUUUCAACGAUCUUAUCCAAGACAAAGAGAAAGCCAAGCUGGAUAUCUAUCCUGAACAUCUCAGAAAGGAGAUCGAUGAGUUGAACGGGUGGGUGUAUCCCGAUAUCAACAAUGGCGUAUACCGUUCUGGAUUUGCAGUCACUCAAGAAGCAUAUGGAGCCGCUGUGAAACAGCUUUUCACUUCGCUCGACCGUUUGGAAAAGAUUCUGGAUGGUAAAGAGUACAUCAUUGGUGAUCAGCUUACAGAGGCAGACGUCAGGGCUUGGGUUACAGCGAUACGCUUCGAUCCUGUCUAUGUUGGACAUUUCAAAUGCAACAUCCGUUCGAUCCGAAAUGGAUACCCAGCUAUCAAUAAAUGGAUGAAAAGGCUGUAUUGGAACAACCCAGCGUUCAAAGAGUCGACGAACUUUGACCAUAUUAAGACACAUUAUUAUUGGUCGCAUCCUAAUAUCAAUCCGACGAGAAUUGUGCCCGUUGGACCUGAGCCUGAGGUAGAACCUCUAUAAAUGGACUAGAAGGAAAUUCAAGAUGUCAUUGUACAUGGUAGCAUCUAAGUACCUCUAUUCAGAACUCGCUCAGUGCUCUCUACGCGAGCCGGACACAUUCGUAAUCUUGAUUC